AUGCCCACAGGACGGAUUAAGUACUACAAUUUCGAUAAAGGUUUCGGAUUUAUCGCGCAAGAUAGCAGUGACGCCGAUGUCUUCUUACACAGUUCUGCUAUUAAGCAGCCCGAAUACGAAGAACUCCGUGUCGGACAGCGCGUAAAGUACAGUAUUAUUGAAGGUGAGAAGGGACUCGUUGCCCAAAACGUUGAAGUAUUGUUGACACCGACGGAACGCCGAUGGUUGCGGCAAGGAAAGGCAAUUAUUCCGAGAGGUUACGCCGGCUUCCCGGGUCAGGGCCAAUUUAUCAGUGAUGAGGCAGUGGCUCCCUCUAAUUAUGAUGCCAACGCAUCAAAACCGAUUCGGAAUCGCCGUAACCAUGAUACAUCUGUAGCACCUUUAGGACCGACAGCAAAACCACCACGCACUCAACGCCCGUCGGCGACGAAUUUUAACAAUUCAGCAGCACCGGCACAAGAGAUGCAAGACUCAUCUUCAAAGCAACUUAGUUUUGGCGAUCUUUAUAUCCUUAAGCAGAUUAAUUUUGAAACAUCCAUGUUUUUUGCGUUGUAUAAUCAUGUACAACUGCCUGCUACCGUCCUUGAAAUGACGCUCUCCAGUUUGACACUCAAUAGUAAUCGGAGCGAGCAGCAGAUCGCUAAAACGGAUGUUAAAUACUGUUAUAAAGAUGUCGAUGCAGAGAGGGUUCAGGCAUCCGUUGAUAUCGAUGAUACUGUGAAGGCGCAGCAGCUGACACAACUAACCCCUGAUGUGCAAGCACCUGAGAUUGAUACCGAAGCCAUUCAGCACGCCCGAAAAAAUGGAACCUCUAUUGAGGUUACCCUUCGCGAGGGAGAGUUCUUUCGUGGCAUUAUAGACUGGAUCAGUCCUUAUGAGAUUAAGCUCGUUUUAGAGAACGGUGCGAAGGUUGUUAUCUUCCGGCAUGCUAUGUACAGUUUUGCCAUAGGUUAG